GUGGACAUAUGCAGAGUUCUUCCAGCGCUAUCGUGUUCUAGCUAAGUCCAAACACAUCCACAAACAAGAUAUGCGCAAGACUUGUGAGGCAAUCCUGCCUGUUCUGAUUGCUGAUGAUGACAAGUACCGCUUCGGCAAGACAAAGAUUUUCUUCCGAGCCGGCCAGGUGGCCUACCUGGAGAAGCUGAGGGCUGACAAGCUGCAGACCUGCGGGGUCAUGAUCCAGAAACACAUCAGAGGAUGGCUGCAGCGGAAGAAAUACCAGCGCAUCCGCAAGUCUGUGUUGCUGGUACAGACUUUUGGUAGAGGGCUGUUGGCCAGAAGGCAUGCAGAUUUUCUGCGUAAGACAAGAGCAGCCAUACGCAUCCAGGCCAGAUGGCGAGGUUACAAACUGCGUAGCAAGUUCAACACCAUCCAUUCCGCUGUUGUCGUUCUCCAGGCUCAUGUACGGGCGAUGUUUGCCAGGAGACGGUACAAAGAACUGUUGCGGCGACACAAGGCGGUCAUCCUUCAGAAGAACAUCCGCGUAUUCUUACAGCGGCGCAAGUUCAAGAAAGUCCUGCGGGGCAUUGUUCUGGUACAGAGUCACUACAGGAGGCGCAAGGCUCGUCUGCAGUUUAAGAUACUCAAGGUGGAGGCGAAGUCUGUGGACCAUAUCAAGCAGGUGAACAAGGGCUUGGAGAACAAGAUCAUAGAGCUGCAGCAGCGGCUGGACGAAAAGGCCAAACAGGCAACCCUAGUGAAUAAAGUGGAAGCAGAGAUGAUGAGAAUGAAGGAAGAGAUGGAUAGGUUGAGGUCCACUGAGGAAGUGGCCAAGGUGUCAUCAAACAAAGUUGUGGAUUUGGAGGAGGAGAUAGCCAGACUGAGAGCCGAGCUCAACAAGGUCAAGGCCGAGAAGCAAGAUCUGCUGGCAGAGAAAGAGGAGAUGAGGCUUCAGCAUGACGAGAUCAUCAGCAGCAUGAUUGAGGAGAAAAUGGCCUUGAAGGAUGAACUGGAAACAGCCAAAGCCAUCCUCAAGAAACACGAUGAGCAAGCUGAUGAUUCUGUGAAAGAGAAAAUUGAAUCAACCAAAAAACUUCUCAUGCAGGAGUUUGAGUCUGAGAGAGCCCAUCACCAAAAGCUGGUCAAGGAACAUGCUCGUCUGCAGCAGCGUCUGGAGAACCUACAGAUGGAGCUGCAGGUAUUGACAAGUCCAAUGAAAGGACACCACCGAUCACCCUCCGAUGUCAGUGCCAUUAGCCUGGAGUCAUACAAUGAUGGCGAUUCUGAGAGGAAGGAAGAAGAUGAGGAUCAAGGCUAUGAUACAGCAGCAAGGAAGCGAGACCUGAAGAAACUCGGCAACAGACCAGCCCCAGAACCUCCGGCAGAUGGAGAGAAUGUGCAGAAAGAACCUGAAGCAAAUGUGGACGUUGGUUUAGUGCUGAAGCUACAGAACAAGGUGAAGGAAUUGGAGCGAGACAAGAAGCAACUGUCAAAUAAGGUGGAGAGCAUGGAGGAAGACUCUUCUCGUGGUUCCAUCAUCUCGGAGACGGCUUUUGAUGCUCUAAAGAUGCAGGAACUGCAGAACGACAACGAUAAACUGAGGCGGGAGGUGGCCAGGCUGAUGAAGUCCAUUUCUGAGACUGUCAACUUUGAGAACAUGUCUGAGAAAAACGCAUCUCAGGCUGGCAAGGAAUUUCUUGCCCAGUUUGAAGCCAUGACAGAUGAACUGGAACGUAGGAGGGAGGAGUGCCUGCAGCUGAAAGCCAUGCUUGCAGACAGAACCAUCACCACACACUCCAUUGCCAAAGAGUCCUAUGGAGGCAUGGACAGCCUAGUCAAUGAGGACAAUGAGUUGGAGCUGGCUUACAAGACACAGAAGGACCUCAACAGCUUUAAAAUGGCGUGUAAAUUUGGUGUAAAACGUAAGAAUUCUACAUUUACAGAGGUGGUUAUAACUUUGACACAGAAGAGCCUCACUUUGGGCCCAGAAGCCAGAAUUGAGGCCACCAUGCAGCAUGAGAUCACUCGACUGACAUCAGAAAACCUGGAUCUGCGAGAGUCCAUUGACAAGCAAUCAGACCAGAUCCGCAAGCUGAAGAAAAUACUGAAGGUUUAUGCCAGAAAGUUAAAAGAUGGAGAAGCGGCAGAAAUUGCAGCAGAACUGGAGAAUGAAGAAAAGGCAGCUAAUACAGAUGCUAUAGCUACAGUCCUGCAUCGGGAGAGAUCUUACAUGGGUAUGCUGGAGUACAAGAGAGAGGAUGAGGCAGCUCUCAUCAAAAACCUGAUCCUGGAUCUAAAACCCAAACUGGCUUCUGGCUUGAUACCUGGCCUCCCUGCUUACAUCUUGUUUAUGUGUGUCCGUCACACUGAUUACAUCAACGACGACGAAAAAGUGAAGUCGUUGCUGACAGCCACGAUCAAUGGAAUCAGAAAAGUCGUCAAGAGACACAGCGAUGACCUUGAACGUAUUACCUUGUGGCUUGCCAACACCUGCCGUCUGCUGCAUACAUUGAAGCAGUACAGUGGAGAAAAGCAAUUCCAAAUUGAGAACACAUCAAAGCAGAAUGAGCAGAGCCUGAGGAACUUUGACCUUUCUGAGUACAGACAGGUGUUCUCUGACCUUGCAGUGUGGAACUACCAAGCUUUGAUUAAACUGAUGGAGGAGCUCAUUCAGCCGAACAUUCGUUCUAUAACAUUGUUUUGCUUUUUUUUUUUAAUUAUUUCAGUUCCUGCGAUCCUGGAGCACGAAGCCAUCGCAGGUCUGACUGCCAGUAAACCAUCCGGUCUUCGCGGCCGAUCAUCCAGCAAUGCCCGGGAGCUGGAGGACGGGAAGGAUUCGCAGCAUUCACUGGAUGUUCUCAUGAGAACGCUGAACAGCUACAUGAAGAUUGUCAAGCAACAUGCUGUGGACCCGGAGCUCAUCAAGCAGAUAUUUAGACAAGUGAGUGGACUGCUUGUGGUACUUUAUCAUCUUGAGCAGUGGUUGAGAGAUAACACGCUGCAUGACUUUGGAGCACAAGCUGCUUUGGAGCCGAUCAUCCAGGCAUCUCAGCUUCUACAAGCCAGGAAAACAGACUCCGAUGUCGACAGUAUUUGUGACAUGUGUUCGAAGCUGACACCUGCACAGAUUGUGAAAAUUCUGAACAUUUACACACCAGUGGACGAGUUUGAGGAACGAGUUCCCAUACCUUUUAUACGGAAAAUCCAGGCCAAACUAAAGGAACGAGAGGAACCGGGAGCAGCCAGCAGUACCCUUCUCAUGGAUACCAAGUACAGCUUUCCCGUGACAUUUCCUUUCAAUCCCAGCUCUGUAGCCCUGGAGACCCUCGCAGUUCCUGACCAGCUUCAUUUGGGCUUCUUAAUUCGGCAUUGA